AUGUGGAGUUACAUGGCGUCAGUAUUAGGGAUCACGUACCAGAAUGAGAUUCCACAAGUCCCUUCCAGUACUCAAAAGAGUGACUUGGAACGCUCUUUCUUCCGCUUACGUAGUCGUGGUUUGCUUGACAGAGGAAAUGAGCUGUAUCUUUCAGUACCAAAGAAUAUCGGGGGGCAUUCAAAUGUCAUUUUCUUCCCUGGGGACGUUCAAAACUUUCAAGCUAUUAUGGAAUCAGGACCUUUUGCUGAGUAUAGUGACUACUCUUAUGAGAAGGUGGCAAAAUUGCUAAGUGAAAAGUUUGGAGAUUUUUGCAACGUGUGGAUUGUAAGACCUAAUUGCUUUAAACAUGGAGCAUAUAGUAGUUUUGAUAAUUUUGUAACUACCGAUGAGUAUGGAGCAGCAACAAAGUAUGACCCGACAGCUUUUGCAACCAAGCAUUUGGUGUCUCUGAUUCAGAAUACCCAGACGACAUUAAGACAACAAGGAGUCAAUGUGUCGACGGCUCUCCCAAUUCAUCUCAUAGGUUUCAGCAAAGGCGGUAUUGUUUUGAAUCAACUUGUGACAGAGCUCGUGAGAUACUCGUUCAACAAGAAACGCUCGAACAGCGGUCAAAUUCGGCAGGGUUCUAUGUUCGCAAGCACGCGACAGUUUUUCUCAGGUGUUAACUCGAUUCAUUGGCUGGACUCUGGCAACGGUUUACUGGAAGGCGCAUUGCCUACGGAAGAGCUUGCUCUAUCUGUGCUUUCGCGAUACGAGCGGCUAAGAUUAUUCGUACACGUCACACCGUAUCAAUAUCAUGCCAGAACGCGGCCAUGGAUAAAAGCCGAAGUGAACAGUUUUGUGAACAAAAUGAACUUUCUUGGUGCCAAUAUUCAGCUUAUUAUCUAUUACGAGGGUGAUGAAGAUUCAUUAGCAUCCCAUUUUAGUAUCCUGCAAGCUUUUGAUGUCAACCGAUCAUUCAAAUCGAAAGGACAAAAAGGCUGCCGAUUGCAAGAGCAUGCAGUAGUACAAUACAACCGGUUUGGAUCUAAAUGA